AACUAUAAUAUCCAUCCCAUUCUACCACGUCUCUUUCGUCCUCCUUUCCUCUUUUAGAUUCCUUAUAUAUAUAUCAAAACCUUCUAUGGCGGUUAUGCACAGCAGCUAAACAAAGUACACAAACGUCAAUCCAAAGUUAUUUCCUAUCCAACAAUAACCAAUUAGUAAGCUCAAAUAAUAUGUCGCACAUCGCAGUUGAAAGGAACAGGAGAAAGCAGAUGAAUGAACAUCUUAAGGUUUUGCGUUCUUUGACGCCAUCUUUUUACAUCAAAAAGGGGGAUCAAGCAUCAAUCAUAGGAGGAGUAGUAGAGUUCAUAAAAGAGCUACACCAUGUUCUUGAAUCCUUAGAGUCACAAAAGAGGAGAAAAAGCCUAAGCCUAAGUCCAAGUCCAAGCCCAAGCCCGAGACCAAGCCCGACGCAAUUAGCAAAUGCAAACAUCAUCACAAACCACUAUUUCGAGUUUGAUGGAGGCAAAGAGUUAGUUGCUUGUUGCAAUUCUGGAGUGGCAGAUGUUGAAGCCAAAAUAUCAGGAGCAAAUGUUGUGUUAAGGGUGAUAUCUAAAAGAACACAUGGACAGCUACUUAGAAUAAUAAGUUCAUUGGAGAAGCUUUCUUUUGAGAUUCUUCACUUGAAUAUUAGUAGCAUGGAUGACACUGUUCUCUACUAUUUCGUCGUCAAGAUCGGGCUAGAAUGUGAGUUAAGCAUGGAGGAGCUAGCAGCGGAAGUACAGCGAAGUUUUUGCACCACUGGAAACGCUAGCAAUAUUAUUGAGAAUAGGGCAUAAAAUAGAGUAUUACACUGGCUUUGUUUUUUAAGAACUUUUCUUUUCAAUUUCCCAAAUAUAUUGAAAUGCUAUUUUUAGGUUAAGGCAAGACUAUUUUGUAACAUUUUAAUCAAUAAAUACGUUUA